CCCGAUCACUUCCGCAUUCGAUCGGGUCUUCCCUGGUCCAUCUUGGCCAUGAAAUUGUCCGCGACCCACUCUACAUCGUAUUAGCUCCUUACGAUGAGCAGAUUCGAAUAGCAUGUCAGGCCAUCAACCAUCAGAAGUCCCACCUCCUCCCGCUGACGACAAGCAAGGAGCUUAUGCGCAACGUCCGUCGAUAUCUCCAAGACCGGUUUCCUCUUACGCCUUCUGUAAGCAAUUCGUGGUGUGGAUGAGACCUCUUGUUUCAACUCCUGCAGUUGCUGCUCGCCGGGUUACCGAAAGCACAGCUAUUCCAAUCGCAUCUGAAUCUUCCGGGCAAAGGUCUCCUUCGCCAUCUCCAUCUACUCUGGCUGAGAACCAAUCGACUUCUGCUAUUCCUGGCGGGGCUUCCCCGUCGAUAGGAGAUUUCAAUUGUAUUCGCUUCCUUCAUGAGAAAAGAGGUGGAGGCGGCCCUAAUCUAAAGCAAAUUGAGGAAUUCAAUAAAUGUCUUUCUUUAGUCGGGCUUGAUGACUUGCAGCUUAUUGUAAGUAUAGAGCCUCUUAUCUGCAUCCUGGCCUUUUCAGAGAAUUCCCCUAUGUUCAAGCAUGACCCUUUUGACUUCCAACAUUGACUUGGAAAGGAGCACUAAGUUGGAAUUGGUUCGAAUCCAAAGCUUUGAAUUAUCCAUGCUUAAGAAAAAGGUAAUACAGGUGGCUUAAAAGAUAUUCAUGUUCAUAUUGAUAAAGAGCAGGGUACGACUAUCAGGGAUGCAUGGCUGUAUUUGCCAAGAUAAGCUGUGUGAUCUUGCGGCUCAAAUUUAUAUGCAUUUUAUUAUUUCUCACGUGUAAAUUAUGAAAUUCUUGUAUUUGUCAAUAUAGAGACAUUGGUUUGUAUAAGUCAUUAUGGGCAGCCGCUCGUAUAUUCUGAAUGUAAGUGCAAACUUUCUUUUA